AGACAACAAAAGUUUUUAUUAGACACAACACGUUGUUUUUAUAAUAAUUAUGUAAAAACUAAUGUGUGUGUUAGUUAAAAGUUUUAAUAUAGAAGAUAAAACAUUACGAAAAUGUCUAGCGGCUACGAGGACGAAAUGGAGUCGACGCCACCCAAAAAAACGAAAAAAACCAUAAAACGACCAUCUAAUGAAGAAUUAAAAAGUAAUUAUGAAAAUGAGGAAGUGCCAAAGAAGUUAAGCGUAAAAAUGAUGGUUCACGAAGCAUUAAUUACCUUGAAGAGUAGAAAGGGAACUUCUUUGUAUGCUAUUAAAAAAUAUAUGCAUGAAAACUAUAACGUAGAUGUUGCGAAAGUGAAUUAUAUUAUAAAGAAACUCAUUAAAAGUGAAGUUGAAGCUGGAAUUAUUGUGCAAGUGAACGGAAUAGGUGCGUCAGGGUCAUUCAAACUCGCUCCCGACGCGGACAAACAGAAAAGCAAACCGAAAUUGAAGAAAGUCGAAAAGAAAAUCACCGAAAAAACUGAAGACAAAAAAACUGAUAAAACAGCAACCGAUGUUGAAAAAGUUAAGAAAAAAGACGGUGUCAAAAGAAAAUUGGAUGUAACCGAAGGAGAAAAAAAAGAAAAAAGUGUUAGAAUUAAAAGCACAAAACAGUCAAAGAUGAAGAAGAUACAAACUCCAUCUAAAAAGAAAACUGCGAUGUCAAAGAGAAAGAGUAUUGGCUCAAUAAUAAAACCGCCCAAAAUGAAGCCAAAAGCCUAACCGUCAAAAAAUUGAACAACUUCGCAAAAAACGUAAAAUCAAAUAUCAAAGCUUGUGACCUAGAUGGUUAAGCGGUAUACACAAUCUUAUUUAUUUAUAGUUAAAUUGUAUAAUGUUUGUAAAAUAAAUAGUACAAAAAAUUGA